ACUCAUAUUGUCCUACUCACGUGGCAACAACGACAAUGCAGGCAAUGGCAAGAUAGCUACACUCCGUUAGGUGGUUAGCAUGCUAACGUUAGCUAGCUAGCUACUCUCCCAAUGUCUCUCACUCGUUGUCCGUUCCAGGAAUAUGGGCCGGUGCUCACAUGAAAAUACAUCUCAGCGGUGCCUCCACAUUUGUUACCCUUCCAAUGAGCUUAUCAUAUAAACUACAACGCGAAAAGUACGGUUUACUCCACUUUUUAUCAUGUCAGCACAGGUAGAUGAACCUCCUUCUUAUUAGCUCUUCCACUCCCAAAAACCCAGCUGAGCCAGCCUCCACUGUUAUUGUGAACAGCAGGGGUCUCGGGCUCAGCCACCGGCCGGCUGCCAGUCUGGCACUGAGAAGUGGCCUCGGAGUGUUCCGGCUUGGUGAUGGACAUCAUAGCAGGAUGCUCAACAUAUCUAAGUCGGACAUCUGUAAUAAGUGGGAGAAGUCAGGCCACUCUGCUCAUGUCACCAUACAGAACAAUUACUGGCUGACAGUGUUCACAGACCAUCAGGAUGUCGGUUCCUUUGUCUGGGGUAGAGCUGCUCAGAGUGUGUACAGUGCUCCAGGACUGUUCUGCACAGCUGUCAGUGCUGGGUCACAUCAUGCCCGACACCUACAGGGGUCGUCCAGAAGCUGAUAAGUUUGUGUCAGCCGACAUUGCACAGGUCCUUGAACAGCAGAAAGGGGCAGAGCAGAACCUGAAAGCAGCCCGUCAGUUUGAGAGAGAGUCUGGGAGACUGUCAGAUGCCACCCGUGAGCUGCACAGAUCCCAGAAGGAACUGAACCGCACACUAGAGGAGAACCCACUGUCCCCUGACAACCUGGCCAAGGUGCAGAGAGACAGUCAGUUUGUGGCUCACGUGAUUGCUGAUGUGUUGGCAGAGCUGCAAGAGAAAGGGACCUUUCACAGCUUGCUUUUCGCUGUGGGAGAAGAGAAAAGAAGGAAGGCCAACCUCCAGGACAUAAUAAUCAGGGAGGAGGGCAGCCAGCAGAGGAUCAAAGCUCUUCAGAGACAGCUGCUUGACAUCCGCAAGGAAAAAACUCUGGAGCUGCAGCGACGUGAAGAGAUGACUGCCCACCUGAAGGACCAGCUACAGGGGAUGAAGGCUAAAACUGGGCUGGAGAGGAAGUAUGUGAAGAGCAGCGCGGAGCUGCUGGUGUACCAGGGACAGAAGAUCAACACACACUCUGAGAAGCAGCUGGAGGAUGAGAUCAGGCUACAGCAGAAGAGGUUGGAGGAGGAGAGGAGAGUUCAUAUGGAGACGGAGACUUUCCUCAAGGAACAUCAGACAAGUCUGGGGGAGAAGCUGGAGGUGUGGAUGGAGCGCUAUGAGAGAGACAUGGAGGACAAGCAGCAGGAGCUCAACAGCCUGAGGAACAACAAAGCUAACAAUCUCUCCCAGCUCCAGGAGCUGGCCAAGAAGUACAGAGACAUUGAGCAGGUGGUCAUCGAGGACAGGAUGGAGAAAGAGGCCCUACGCAGGAAGCUGGAGAAGGAACAUAUGGAGCGAGACGCAGCCACCAAGAUCCAGUCGUGGUGGAGGGGAACAUUAGUGCGACGCGGCCUGGGCCCCUAUAAGAAAGGCAAGACGCCCAAGUCCAAGGAGGGAAAGAAGGGAAAGAAGGGAAAGAAGAAAAAGUGAGGUGUCCCUUCUUCAAGAGCUCCAGUGAAAGGAAACCAAAAAAAAUUCUCAAUACAGACAUGUUACUUUUCAUCAAUGUUCAAUUCCUGAUUACAGACAAUCUAAGUCGACACUGGCCUGUAGGCAAAUAUAUCUUCAAUGAGAAAAGCUUUUUUCUUUUCUUUA